AAACAAAAAAAUUGCGUUAAAAUGAUGAAAUUACUUUGUAUUGCGCUUAGUUUGGUGGUUUUGGAGGUAUCCGGACAUGGUAUGAUGUUGGAUCCUCCAAAUAGAAGCUCAUUAUGGCGUUUUGAUGAUGAAGCACCCCCAAACUACGAUGAUAACCAGAACUAUUGUGGAGGAUUAACCGUUCAACACAACCAAAAUGGCGGCAAAUGUGGAGUCUGCGGAGAUGUCUACACCGAUCCUCAUCCUCAACCAAACGAAAACACUGGUACCUAUGGUAUUGGUAAAGUAGUCGCCAAUUAUUCCGCUGGUCAGGUAGCAGAAGUCUAUAUUCAUUUGAGUGCCAACCACCUGGGUCACUUUGAAUAUCACCUCUGUCAAUUACACGAUGCUAAUACCUAUGAAUCUGGAGAGGAAUGUUUCCAACCUUUGGCGUUUGAGGAUGGCAGUAUGGAAUAUUCUGUGCCCGGAAGUGUGUUUGAAUUUAACAAUCGCAUCAAGUUGCCUGAUGGUUUCAAGUGUGAUCGUUGCGUUUUGAGGUGGCACUACGUUGCUGCUAACAAUUGGGGUAUCUGUGAGGAUGGUAGCAACAAACCAGGAUGUGGACCACAGGAAACCUUUCGUUCUUGUUCUGAUAUUGCUAUUUUGUAAAUGGUUACAUAAAUAAAUUUUUUCUACGACAAA